AUGAGUAGAGUGCGAGGCGCUAAUAUAAUUCGGAUUGCGCUUCUUCUAGCAGGUAUCAUAGCGCUGAAGAAGCUCAUGGCACAGAAGAGCGGUGGAGGUGGAGGAGGCGGUGGUCAUGAAAGCCAUGGCUGGUCAUCUGGCGGCAGUAGCGGUGGUUGGGACCGUCGUUCAUAUAACGAUGUAUCGGAUUUAGCGUACUCUGCGUACAAAAAAGAU